AUGUAUAAUUUUAAACACAAAAAAUGGUCAAAGGAGGUAAGUCCUGCCAUCAGGCAGUUGCUGAAUGGUUUAAAUAUUAAAGCUAGGUACUGGCAAGUGCUCCCAAGUGGAUUAAAUAAGUUUGAGACUACAAAUGAAUGGAAAGCUUAUGAUGUGGAUCUUUACAAUAGAACAUGUUCUUGUAGGUUAUGGCAACUGAAUGGAUAUGGGUGUGCACAUUCAGUUGCUACAAUCUUAUUUCUUAAUAGGGAUGUUGAGACUUUUGUCGAUCCUAUUUUCUGUAGGUCAAAUUACAAUACAAAAUACCUGAACAAUAUCUUGCCUAUGAAUGGAGGAGUGAAUGGAGGUGUAGGUGGUGAAGGUGGUGGACUGCAUAGAGGUGUAGGUGGUGAAGGUGGUGGAGUGCAUGAUGUUCCAAUGUCAGGUGGUGGAGUUAAGUCAAGGGGCGUGGGUGGUGCUGUUAGAACAAGAAAGCCUUCUGAGAGAAUUUUGAAGACCAAACUUGCAAAAGUAGUGUAUGGAAAGAAUGGUGAAGGCAGCUCAACAAUAAAUCCAAUGGAUAUAGAUUAG